AUGCCCCUCGACACAUCAACCUACAACCUAGCGCUCCUGCGCGUCGACGGCCGGCGCUGGAACGAGCUGCGCCGGUUGCACGGGCAAAUCCGCACGCAGGCCGCCGCUGACGGGAGCAGCUACCUCGAGAUGGGCAACACGAAGGUGAUGUGCAUUGUUACCGGGCCGAGCGAGGACAAGAGGAAGACUGGGGGUGGUUCAACGUCCUCAGCGAGCGUGGCCAGCGCGCCCAAUGCGGCCGAUGUCUCGGUUGGGGUCGUGGUCGCGGGUUUUAGUAGUGUGGAUCGGAAGAAGAGGAGUCGAAGUGACAAACGCAUCCAAGAACUCCAAGCUACCAUCUCCAAAGCCCUCGCCGGCAGCCUACACACACACCUCUUCCCGCGCAGCACCAUCUCCAUCUCCCUAAACGUGCUCUCCCAGGACGGCUCUCUCCUCGCAGCCCUCAUCAACGCUGCCGCCCUCGCCCUCGUCGACGCCGGAAUCCCCAUGACGGACUAUCUGGUGGCUUGCACCGCGGGUUCCACAUCCUCCUACGCCGCCAAUGAUGACGCGGCUGAUCCGCUGCUGGACCUGAAUACCCAGGAGGAGACGGAAUUGCCGGGUUUGACGGUGGCUACGGUGGGGGCCACGGACAAAAUUGCGGUUUUGGUGUGCGAGAGUCGAGUGCAGGUCGGACGGUUGGAGGGUAUGAUGGCGGUUGCGGCGGAUGGAUGCAAGCAGGUUAGGGAGAUCCUGGACGAGGUUGUGAGGCAGCAGGGGGCGAGGAUGAUUAAGGAGGGGACGGUAGCCAAGAGUGAGAAUGUUGGUGGCAUGGAUCUGGACUAG